AGCCUACUCCGCGGCUCUGUUUGAAACACGGAACUACUGUAGGAGGUGAAUGGGUAGGGUCGUGGUUGGCACGUUUCAACAGACUCGGGUGGCAGUCCUUGGUGAAGUUUGGCGCCGGGGUCAGAGAGUUAGUUACACCGAGUCUGGUGGGUGUUGUUGUUUGACCACCUGGUGAUUUUUAUCGGGACUAAUCAUGUUGGCAUUGGGGACACUGCGUAAACGCAUCGAGCCAGUGGUCCUAUGUGCCCAAAUAGCGAGCGCGUUUUUCGACACCGGCUUGCAGAUGGUGGUAAAAGAGCAAUGCGCCAUUGCGACCGAUGCGCUUAAUCCAACCCCCACUGAGGACAGCCGGCAGAAAGCUAUGUCCAACUUUUACAUGAUAUAUAAUAUGCUGUCCAAGUUCGUUCCGAUCCUACCCGCCAUUAUCUUAGCCAAGGUAGGUGACCUGGGGCACCGGAAGAUCCCCAUCGUGAUCCCUCUGGUGGGUUACCUGGUCUCCAGAGUGGUCCUGCUCCUGGUCAUAGUGAUGGAUCUCCCGAUACAGGCUAUGUUCGGCGGGGUGGUGGUCCACGGACUCAGCGGCGGGUUCUGCUCCUACUGGGCCGGGGUCAUGGCCCUGGUGUCGCUCACCUCCACCGAGGAGGACCGCUCUCUCCACAUGAUGCAAAUGGAGCUGGUCUAUGGCAUAGCUGGACUCAUCGGGAGUUUGGUGUCUGGGCACCUCUUCCAGUUGUACAGUGUGGACUUUAAACAGGGGACAGUGUUAGUGAGCCUGAGUGUCUUCCUCUACUUUGUGUGUCUCGUCUACACAAUGUUUAUCUUUCUAAUGCCAACUGUCUCGCCAAGCGCACAAGAGCGCAAUGAGACCAACGGUAUCGACACGCAACAUUCCAAGAAUAUUCUGAACAUUCUGCUUCUUUUUGCGGGUGGGAUUCUAUAUGACGUGGCGGUGGGAGGAGGAAUGGAGAUACUGGUGACCUUUGAGAUGAAGGAGCCACUGAACUGGAACGCCACCCAGGUAGGUUACGGGAACGCCGCCGGGUUCGUGGUCUUCCUGACGAGCUUCCUGGGUGUCAUGGUAAUGUCCAGAUGGGUGAGUGACGUCACCCUCAUCAUCAUCGGCAUGGUGUCCUUCGCUGCCGGGAUCUACUUCAUGGCCUUCGUCACGGCAACCUACAUGUUCUAUCUGGGUAAGAGGAAGUUCAUCAUGACUGGUUUGAUUUCAGAUUACAAUGUAAAACACAGGGUCCACAGUGAACGACAAGGCUCCUCUUUAUUACAGUUAAAACCAGGUUAAACACAGACAGACACACAGACACACAGACAGACACACAGAUAGACAGAGACAGAGAGAGAGAGAGAGAGACACACACAGAGACAAAGAGAGAAAGAAGGAGAGAGAUACAGACAGAGAGAGACACAGAGACACAGAGAGA